AUGGUUCGACAUAAUCUUGAAUAUCCCAAAGAUGUACACAACACCGUCAACAGAUACAAGCACCAAGCUGUAUACUCCUUAACAACAAUCCACACAAUAAUAAACACCACUCCCGUCCUCCAUGUCUCCUUCCACCCCUCCCCUACAGACCCCUUCCCGGUAAUCCUCCCCCUAAUCGGGCAAAUGGGCUCCUUCUCGCGGCCCUCCGCCUCCAUCUCCGAGCCCUUGGACCUAUACCUGCACGGCUACGUCUCAUCGCGCCUCAUGAACGUCUCCCGCUCUUCCUCAUCCCCAGGUCUCCCCGUCUGCAUCGCCGCCUCGAAAGUCGACGGCUUGGUCUUGACUCUAACGCCCAAUUCCCACAACUACAAUUAUCGAUCCGCUGUUUUAUUUGGACACGCAACACUCGUCACGGAUCUCGACGAGAAGCUCUGGGCCAUGGAACUCAUUACCAACAGCGUAGUGCCCGACCGCUGGCGCCACACGCGGGUCCCACCGAACCCGGCCGAGAUGCAGAGCACGCAGAUCCUGAAAGUGAAGAUCGAUAGUGGCAGUGCGAAGGUCAGGGAAGGCGUGCCGAAUGAUGAGAUGUGUGAUUUGGGGGAUCAGAAGGUGCUUGAUGCGGUGUGGACGGGAGUGCUGCCGCUGAGUGAGCAGUUUGGGGAGCCGGUGCCGGGGCCAUAUAAUGUUGUUAAGGAGGUGCCCGGGCAUGUGACGGAGUAUAAGGAGAGGAUGAAUUGGGAGAAUCGGGCGUAUGCUGAGGCGGCGGCGAGGAAGGAUGCGCCGGUGAAGAGGAAGGAGGAUGGAGAUGAUGAGUGA